AUGACCUACCCACAUGCGGAUUUUAUCCCAGUACAAAACAUCUUGAAAGUCAAAGGUAAAGAGCCCGUGGUUUUCGAAAUCGAGGGCAAAGACGAGGGCCUUGAAGUCAAGAUUCCUGGCGGAGUCAAGUACCACAACACCUUCAGAUUCAAAGUUAAAAACAGAAAGUUGGAGAACUUGAGGUUUAAGCAAGUCGUCAAGAAAGGUGGACUUACAAUCAGGACUACUGAGGUAGAUUUGGGUACUCGCGAGCCGUCUGAAUCUGAAAUUUACGAAGUUGAUACACCAGAGGACGAAACACCAGGUGGCUGGUUGACAAGAGGUGUUUAUCAAGCAUCCACAACAUAUUAUGAAGGAGAUCAAGAGUUGUUUACUGCUAGAUGGACAUUGGAGCUUACCAAAUAG